UAUACAUGGGAGAUGGUCUAAAUAAAAAAUUUGACCGGUAUCCUUAGCAACGGCAAUAUCCAAUUAUUCAUGGGAGUGGGGUCUGGUCUUUCAUGUCGUUACCUUAAGAAACUACUCCACCUGUCUCACUUCUCCAAACUUCUAGACUUUUGAUCGCUCUUCUCGUUCCUUCCAUAGAAUCCUUUUUCACUCCCAUGGCUUCUCUCGUUUCGCAUAUCAUCAUUCAACAACUUCUCGAAUCCCAACUACAAUGGCGACUACUCUCUUCUCUGCUUCGCAUUCUUCUAUGUCACCAUGGCACCUCAACAACAAGAGCAGAACUAUUACUUCUUUAACCAAAAAUGGAUUUUCCAACAGCACCCACUUUUCUUUUUCCCUAUUUUCCAAACCCAGUUCAAGAAAAUCUCUAAGAUUCUACAUUAAAGCCGAGGUAGACAACAAACCCACUUCUUCUUCUUCUGCUGCUGUUUCAGAAAAGGCAGUUAGCGAAAGCGGUACUGAUACCAAGAAGGGUGAAGAAGUUAAGAGUGGUAAAGAAGAGACUAAAGUGAUUGAUGGAGAAGAACAAGAACAAGAGAAGGAUUGGAAAACAGACGAGGAGUUCAAGAAGUUUAUGGGGAAUCCCUCCAUUGAAGCAGCCAUAAAGUUGGAGAAGAAAAGGGCAGAUAGAAAGCUGAAGGAGCUUGACAGGGAAAACAGUGGUAACCCACUUGUAGCUUUCUUUAACAGAGUUGUACGUGAUAGCUUGACUAAAGAGAAAGAGAGAUUGGAGCAAGCUGAGGGGACCUUUAAAGCUCUUGACCUCAACAAGUUGAAGAGCUGUUUUGGGUUCGAUACAUUUUUUGCGACUGAUGUUCGGAGAUUUGGCGAUGGGGGCAUUUUUAUCGGGAAUUUGAGGAAACCCAUUGAAGAGGUCAUUCCUAAAUUGGAGAAAAAGCUCUCCGAGGCUGCAGGAAGGGAUGUAGUGGUGUGGUUCAUGGAGGAAAAAACAAAUGACAUCACAAAACAGGCAUGUGUAGUUCAGCCCAAAGCAGAAAUGGAUCUUCAGUUUGAGUCAACCAAGCUCAGUACUCCAUGGGGUUACAUUAGUGCAGUAGCCUUAUGUGCUACAACUUUUGGGACAAUAGCUUUGAUGAGUGGCUUUUUCCUUAAACCUGAUGCUACAUGGGAUGACUACGUUUCUAAUGUUGUGCCUCUCUUUGGUGGCUUCAUUUCUAUCUUGGGAGUUUCUGAGAUAGCCACAAGAUUAACAGCAGCUCGUUAUGGUGUAAAACUAAGCCCAUCUUUUCUUGUGCCGUCGAAUUGGACAGGGUGUUUGGGAGUGAUGAAUAACUAUGAAUCAUUGCUGCCAAACAAGAAAGCUCUUUUUGAUAUUCCAGUGGCACGUACUGCUAGUGCAUAUUUGACAUCACUGGCACUUGCUGUUGCAGCUUUUGUGGCCGAUGGCAGUUUUAAUGGGGGUGAUAAUGCAUUAUAUAUAAGGCCUCAGUUCUUCUAUAACAACCCGUUACUUUCAUUUAUCCAAUUUGUUAUUGGACCAUACACAGAUGACCUUGGAAAUGUAUUGCCAUAUGCAGUAGAAGGUGUUGGAGUUCCUGUGGAUCCCCUGGCCUUUGCUGGACUUUUGGGAAUGGUGGUGACAUCUCUUAACCUGUUGCCUUGUGGAAGGCUGGAAGGAGGCCGCAUAGCGCAGGCAAUGUUUGGAAGAAGUACCGCCACACUGCUUUCUUUUGCUACCUCUCUUUUGCUCGGCAUUGGUGGGCUGAGUGGAAGUGUUCUCUGCUUGGCUUGGGGUCUUUUCGCAACCUUCUUUCGAGGUGGUGAAGAACUACCUGCCAAAGACGAAAUCACACCCUUGGAAGAUGACAGGUACGCUUGGGGAUUGGUCCUUGGCCUCAUCUGUUUCCUAACUCUUUUUCCUAAUGGAGGAGGCACAUUCUCAAGCUCCUUCUUCAGUGGACCCUUUUUCAGGGGUGAUGUGUAGAUAAAUUUGAUUUGUACAGAGUAUAUAGAUAAGCCAGUGUUUUCAAUAUUCAAGUGUAUAAUAGUGUCUGUAUUCUUUUCAAAAAAUAAAAAAAAAUAUUUAACUAUGA